AUGCCUAAAGAGAAAAAAGAAGAAAAACAAGAAAGAAAACAGAAAAGAAAAGAAAAUAAACGAAAAAAUAUUUUAAACGCUUGUAGCUGUUGCAGAAUAAAAAAGAUAAAGUGUACCGGAGGUGCGCAAUGCGCUUGUUGUACUCGCAACGGGCUAAUGUGUCAUUAUCCACCUGCAAAGAAACGUGGACCUAAAAAUCGCCAGAAAAACAUAUUACAUAAUGACAUUAAUCGUGUACAAAAAGAUGACACAAUUAAUGAUCUUAUCGAGAGGGUUAGUAAUGUCGAAAAUAUGCUUGACGAUUUGAACAAAGUUUCCGGUGAAUUGAAUGAUAAAAGUUUGAGCAGCAGAGAAGCUUCUGCGCAAUCAUUUGACAAACUCUCGCAAUCAGUAGCUGCGAUUAUGUGUGACCCAUCUAAUUUGCUCUUAACCCUCCCAGACACUGUUAACAACAGUUACGUGAAUCUGCAAUAUGGAAAUCCCACUAACCCAAUUGAUAAGCUCGCCGAGGAUUAUUUUUUGUCUGAUCAAUACUUUUCUCAAGAUGUUUCAUCUUCUACUUCAAAUAUUCAUCCAAAUUAUCAAGACGAUUUGAUUCUUGCUUCUCAACAAUCUUAUGUAUUACAAGACAUGUUACCUACCUUUCUCGAAGAUAACGCAUCUUUCACAAAUGCUUAUUCUACAGAAAUUUCAGAGGAAUCUACCUUUACAGAUGCAUUCUCAAGUGAUAAACAUCCUCUUUGA